AGUCCAACAGGUAGUAGGAAAGGCCCUCUCCGGUCACAACUCACCACCACAAGUUCCCACAGCACUCUCCCCGACCUUGCCGUCCAGUCCCCCGGCCCCCGCCGCAGCCGCGCCGUUCGCCCCGACAGGACCGGAGAGCAGCAGGAUGCCGGCGACCCCGACGAUCAUCGGUGCCCUCCUGGGGUUAGGCACCCAGAUGUACUCCAACGCCCUCCGCAAGCUCCCCUACAUGCGCCAUCCAUGGGAGCAUGUGUUGGGAAUGGGUCUCGGUGCAGUGUUUGUGAACCAGCUGGUAAAGUUUGACGAGAAGCUUAAGGAGGACCUCGACAAGAUGCUUGAGCGUGCCAGGCUAGCCAACGAGCAACGCUACAUUGAUGAUGAUGAAUAGAUGUCCAGAUUUGUUUGCCAGCGACCUGUAUUUUUUGCAACAUGUUGUCAGUACACAUGGUGAGGACUGAGGAUCCCCCAUCGUCUUAGUUGUUGUCUCAGCUCCACAUUUCAACUGUGGUUUUGUAAUAAAAUGUGGGUUCACAAUGGAUCUGAUGGAUUAUUACCAAUGUAAGACACCAAUUAUGGGCUCUGAAUCUGAUGGCUUACUUCCUCUGAUGCAAAAUUACUCAAUUAUAAUGAUUGUGUUUUUUCAAUGUCAAUUUUUUUUCUUCCA